AUGUCUUUCAAUCGUUUCGCCGGGAGUCAGUCUUCGCAUGCACUAUGUCUGACACGGCCCAAGCCUAACUCACCGGGGGUUUCAGACCCGUCGGCUAACCUCACCUGGUUUGGCCGGUCCGCCAAAGCCGUUGCUCCGGGGUGGCCGCAAUUGCGUGCGACUGCUUCGAGGAGCCACAGCGUUUGCAUGUCAUGUCGGGAUUUAAAACUCACUGAAACUGGAAGCACAACAGCACAUUCCGCGGCUUAUAUGGGCCAUCUUCAAUGUCUCCAGGCUUUAGUGGAAAGUGCUGCAGAUAUUACGGCAGUCAAUCAUGAAGGCAUGAAACCCUCCCAGGUGGCGCUAUCGACAGGACAUUUUGAUUGCUGGAACUAUUUGACCAAAUUGCAUCUAUCUAUCUAUCUAUCUAUCUAUCUAUCUAUCUAUCUAUCUAUCUAUCUAUCUCAUCGGUUCAUCUAUCUAUCUAUCUAUCUAUCUAUCUAUCUAUCUAUCUAUCUCUGUUCAUAUCUAUUUGUUACUGUCUGUUCUAUCUAUCUAUCUAUCUAUCUAUCUAUCUAUCUAUCUAUAUAUAUAUAUAUAUAUAUAUAUAUAUAUAUAUAUAUAUAUAUAUCACUGCCUGUUCAUAUCUAUCUGUCACUGUCUGUUUAUAUCUAUCUAUCUAUCUAUCUAUCUAUCUAUCUAUCUAUCUAUGUUAUCUAUCUAUCUAUCUAUCUAUCUAUCUAUCUAUCUAUCUCUAUAUAUAUAUAUAUAUAUAUAUAUAUAUAUAUAUAUCUAUAUAUAUAUAUAUAUAUAUAUAUAUAUAUAUAUAUAUAUAUAUAUAUCUAUCUAUCUAUCUAUCUAUCUGUCACUGUCUGUUUAUAUCUAUCUAUCUAUCUAUCUAUCUAUCUAUCUAUCUAUCUAUCUAUCUAUCACCGUGUGUUCAGAUCUAUCUAUCUAUCUAUCUAUCUAUCUAUCUAUCUAUUCUAUUCAAGUCCAUUUAUAUCGAUAUAG